AUGUCAAAUUGUUCUAAUAAUAGUGAAAAUUGUAAUAUUAAUGACAAUAAAAAAAAAGAAGAAAAUGUAAAAAAUCAAAAUUCAAAUAAAAAUUCAAAUAAUAAUAAUAAUAAAUCAAAUAUUGAAUCGAUUAUAUUAAAUAAAAAAUCAAAAUUUUCAAGUGAAAAGGAAUUAGAUGAAAAAGAGAAUAAAGAUUUAAAAGAUUUAUCAAAUAAUAAACCAAUUAAUAUCGAUGAAUAUGAAGGAUUACCUAGAUUUGAAAAUGAGCAAAAUGCACGUUCAAAAUCAUCUCUAUGGUCUAAACUCUGUGAUUGGAUGUAUGACCAAAAUUUUAAGAUUGCAAGUUCAACAUUAAAAAAUGGACCAAUACCAAAACACAUUGGUGUAAUUAUGGAUGGGAAUAGAAGAUUUGCAGAAAGAAAUCAUCUAGAAACUAAAGAGGGUCAUAAAAAAGGAUUCAACACAAUGCUAGACCUAUGCCAAUGGGGUCUCACACUUGGUGUUAAAAUAAUCUCAGUAUAUGCAUUCUCAAUUGAAAAUUUUAAACGUUCAAAAAGUGAAGUUCAAGAUCUUAUGGAAUUGGCAAAUAAUAAAUUCACUGAAAUGAUCUCAAAAUCACAUAAACUUCAACAACUUGGUGUCAGAAUACGUGUUGUUGGUGAUCAUUCACAUAUACCUGAAAAAACAAAAUCAAUUUUAGCAAAAGCUGUAAAAUCAACUGAAAAUAAUACAAAAGCAUUAUUAAAUAUUUGUUUAUCAUAUACAUCACAUGAAGAGAUAUUACAUUCAAUGAAAAUAUUAAGUAAAGGUGUAAAUCAAGAGAAAAAGAUAGAGAUUGAAGAUAUUGACCAAGAUUUAUUUGAAAAUUGUUUAUAUAUUAAAGAGGAUUUAGAUAUAUUAAUUAGAACAUCUGGUGAAUAUAGAUUAAGUGAUUUCAUGUUAUGGCAAUCAUGUUUUACAAAUUUAGCAUUAGUUAAUACAUUAUGGCCUGAUUUCUCUUUCUUUCAUUUCAUUUAUAUAAUUUUCUUAUAUCAAUUUAAUAGUAAAACUUUAAAAAAUGAAAUUCAAAAUCAAUAUAAAUUUAAUAAUAAUAAUAAUAAUAAUACAGAUAAUAAUAAUAAUUUAAAAGAAAAUAUAAAAAAUUUAAAAUCAGAUCAAAGAGUAAAAGAAUUUAUAAAUCAUUUAAAAAUUUCUGAAGAAAAAUUAUUUGAUGAAUUUAUUUCAAAAUAUAAUGAGGAGGAGGAAGAAGAAGAAGAAAUAUAG